GGUGGACAUUCCGAUCCAUCAGGGGUUGGCCGCCACGCAGCGCGGUGGUUACUUUGUAUCUCAGGCAUAAUGUGAGCCUUUUAGUGUUUUGUUAUUAUGUAGGCAGCAAACACCCUGCAUUCAAAGCGGCCAUGGGCAGCCCCGGGGAGAGGUUCCCCCGAGCCUUCCAGGCGCCGGUGGACGUCCACGCCAGCGCCGAUGGUCAGGUGUACGUCUUCAGGGGUGUGCGCGAUGACUCCGCCGAGUCCUCGGAGGAGGAGCUGGGCAUGGCGCAGCGGAGGCCCCGCGGACGCAGGUCCGGGCAGGAGCGGGCGCGGGAGGGGGGCGUCCUGCUGCUGGAGCGGCCUGUCUCCCACGUCGACAGCCUCAACAAGCUGGCCCUGCAGUACGGCUGCAAGGUAGCCGACAUAAAACAGCUGAACAACCUGAUCCGUGAGCAAGACUUGUAUGCCCUGAAAUCCAUCAGAAUCCCCGUGAAGAAGCACGGCCUUCUAACGGAGCUGAACAACGAGCUGAUUUACAUGCACCCAGAAUCCCACCUGCCUUCCUCCCAGGGCACCGCCGCCCCACAUCUUCCUGAUUAUACUGACUUCCUCAAAGAGAUCGACCGUGACAUCGAGAGGCUCAUACAGACCACGGACAGCCAGGACGAGGUGCCGUCCAGCGGCCCGGGGGUCCCACAGCAGACAUCCGGGGCCGGCUCGUCACACAGCCAUGGGGCGGACUGGGGCAUCCAGUGGUGGAACGCUGUGGUUCUCAUGCUUUUGAUCGGGGUCAUCCUGCCUCUCUUUUAUGUCGUUUACUACAAAACGCAGGACAGAGUGAUACAUCCCCUGGAGAGCAUGGUCAACACCUCCAUGUCUACCUCAAAUGGCAGUGAGACGAACGGCAGCUUGGUCAGCCACCUGCUUCCCUCUCAGUAGGGAAAUGAGGAAGGGAAAGUGAGCUGCUGUGGACCUGAUGAUCAUCAUGAUCAUGUGGGAUUUAUCGCCACGAUGGCAGUUGGCCUUCUCCAUAUUACUAACGGAAAGACGUUUGCAUCCUUAUAAUCGUCCUUUAAAAAAAAAACACCAUUUUUGCCUUCUGCGUGCAUUUCCUCUAAUUUUUUUGCUUGUCCAAUUGUCUACAGCUUUUGUCUUUGUUAUGGUUCUAGCUCCUUACAUCACCCGGCACGCAGCCAAGAAUUUUGUUUAGUUUUUUUUUAUUAUUAUUAUCUUUAGUUAGCCUACUGUGCAUCUGUGGCCAUAGGUAAGUUCCGACAUUUCUUUAGGAUACAUUAUUACAUUUUAAGCUAAAAUAGUCUAGAGCCACCCAAGUUGGGGCAUUUUGAGCUACUAAAAGAUCAGAUGAUUAAAACACCAGUGUGAAAUGUCAUAAACACGGUGAUACAUGCACAUCCCUGCCCACGUCCUUUGCUGUGUAGGGUUUUCUUCAGUUAUUUUAAUAAGCCGGAAUUUUAUUUGAAAAACAGUGGCACCUUUGCAACUUGAGUAAGCUAAAUAAUACUGAGUAUUAAGGGGCAUAUUUAAGCGAUGAGCAUUAAGGGAUGUCCUGUACGGUGUGGUGAUGCUAAAAUUAGUUUCCCUACUUACUAAAAACGUUUUUACCGAAAACAGUAGAUCUCUGUUAAUAAAACCCGUAAAAGGUACAGGUAGUUUUGGCUUUAAUGAUGCAGUUGCCAAGUUCACUUUGCAAAGCCAAUAUCGUGUCAAACCAAUGUUGAAAAUUCAGGAAUUACGCUAUUUUAUAUAUUAAACCUUUUUUUAAUUGUUAAUUAUACAGUAAGAGAAACUCCGUAACCAAUUUUGAUCGGUAUGAUGUAAGCCUAUGUAAAUAAUUAGUCUGUACUUUGUGAUAUUAUUUAUCUAUAUCUGUUUUCUCCAUAACUUAUUUAAUUGGAAAAAUUACAGUUUUAUUUGUACGAUGACGUGUAAGAGAUGCCGCUUGUCAGAUGUAUUUCACCUUAUACUAGAGUAAAACAGGGCGUGGCUCAGUGACAUAUUACCCUCACCAUUAAGUGCUUCUGCACCUUUAAGUUCGGAACAGGCGUUUUUAACUGCAUGCUGUAAUCCGAGUGACCAUCUGGGUUAAUUAAUUUAACCUGAGUUAUUGCCACAUUGCCACAUGGGAGAGUUUUCUGUGCACGAUAAGAAACGUGCGCGGGGACAGUGACCUACGUGGGAUUCAGAUCCGCUUUCGUUCGCCUGGCUUCACCUCCUGAAGCUGACGUGAUCUUCCAGGUAUGUCAGGUUUUUGUCUUAUAUAGCGCCUUUCUGUACGGACUAUGCAGUCCUGUUUUAUCCGGCUCUAAGCUGAACAUAAGACUUGAUGUCUUUUAGUUGAGCGAAUGUGGAUGAGAAAUGGUGCUGGAUAAGUUCCUGCUUGCGUCUUCGGCCUCGCGUGUUGGGACUUCAGUGCAUUGAUGCUCUUAUUCACAGGCACUUUGACUAUUCUUGUAUAUGUAAUAAAACCAGUAUUGUUAUUUAAUUAAAUCUGGAUUGGCUAGACUCGCUAAUCAAUUCUGAAAAAGACAUAAUUAUCAUGUGAUCUUAUUUGCAAUUAAAUGACUUUUGUUGGGAUUUCUGUAAACGGUUCGGUUUAUGUUUACUUUUAUCUUAAAAUUUAUUCAGUUUUAUUUUCAAGGAACUUCAGCAUUUUUCUGUGGAUUAAAGAUUAUUUUAGUGGUACAAUCUUAACACAUUGCAAUUGAACUGCGGAUGUGGAAUGGGCCUGUUGUAAAAAUAUUCAUGGUUCAUUUAGUUUUGUUUUUUGGUAUCAUGUUCGAUGCUUCCAAUCUCCAAAGCUGUUACCUCUCUGUGAUUAUGUGCCAAACUAACACUUGGUAUUUAAAAUAAUUUUAAUACAGAAGGAAAAAAAGAGUGUCAGUUUCUUAACAGUGCAGUAAUUCAUAUUCAUGUUAAUGCAGAAAAUGAGAAUUCGGACAAAAAUGCCACAUUUGUAACGUCUGAAUAGUUUUUCUAUUAAAGUAUUUCUGACAUUUGA